CGCGCUGUCUUAUUUCACACUACUCAGUUUUGUCGGAGCUAGUAAGUAUGUUGAUGCACUACCAGGUGGCGCCUAAAUCUUCUUUCAGGGUGAAGCCCCUAGCCCAUGUAUCAGUGCCCUCGUUGAGUGUAGAUAGGUAACUCAACCGUGCCCAGCCUAUGCCUCCCAUGUAUUGGUGCCCUAGCCGGUGGCCCUAGCCAAUGCCAAGUUCAGUGGCCUAGCAACUUGUGCGGCUCUACCGAAAAUCAAAGAAGUCCUUCUUCAAGUCCUUUCUCAAGUCCUUCAUGUACGGCUCAUAGCAAUCCUGUUCCCAGUGUGCAUGUACCAUAUUCAUAAUACCAUACGUAUAUUUCGUACUAAACAGAUCCGUAGGUCAGAGCAAGUCUGCCGGAUUAGCGCUUUCUCUAUUUGUUCCUUCCUGAUAGCUGCAAUGACAAGGUUAUGACCACCGGUCAUAACAGUGACAUCGUGAUUUACCAAUUGGUUUACUGGCUGCCCACAUUUAUCAACAAGUUAAAUCACGAAACUGCACUUGAAAACUGAUGACAGCAUAUCUGUGUGUUUGAUUUCUUGCGUUAAACCCAAUGAUAUCGCAGGAAUGAACAUCACAAGAAUCAUUCACUGGCUAUUUGUGAUACUUAUUAGUUGUUUUGCAUACUUCGAUUACGGAGAAUGCGUUGUACCACUGAUCCCCAUAGCAGUCGGUGGUGUUGCCAGUAUUGCAAGUUACAUGGCGAGAUGCUACUUCAAAGAAUGCUGCACAGACGAGUACAUCCCAGCUAAUUUUUCUAAGUUGGAAACUGCACUGAAGACUGAGGUCUAUGGGCAACAUCUGGCACAUCAGACUGUACUGAAUGCAUUAAAAGGUCAUUUUCGUACAACUGAACCAAAAAAGGCUUUGGUCAUGAGUUUUCAUGGUUUACCAGGAAUUGGAAAAAACUAUGUGGCAAAUUUCAUCACAGAUGCACUUUAUAAAAAAGGGGCAGAAAGUCAAUAUGUUCAUUUCUACAAAGGGCGCUUAAACUUUCCUUCGGAUGAGAAGGUCGAAGAAUACAAGGAAUGGAUUCAGAAAGAACUAUUAACCCACCUUCGUACAUGCCAGCGCUCACUCUUCAUCUUUGAUGAAGUUGAUAAAAUACCAGAAGGUGUGCUGAAUGCAUUGGUGCCAUUCUUGGACUAUCAUCCAAUGAUUCCUGGCAUCAACCCAACUGGGGCAAUAUUUAUAUUCUUAUCAAACACUGGUGGUACUCUAAUCGCACAACGGCUAAUCAAACUAUGGAAAGAUGGGAAAAAACGGGAAGAAACUGAGUUACAAGAUUUUGAAAAUCUACUGGCAAGGGGAGCAUUUAAUGAGAAAGGUGGCUUUCACAAAUGUGAAACAAUUGAAGUAAGCCUCAUUGAUUAUUACAUACCUUUCUUACCACUCGAAGAAGUUCACGUACGGGCCUGUAUAAUAGACGCUUUUCGAAGAAGAGAAGUUGAGCCAUCUGAUGCAAUGAUUGCCGAAGGCCUAUCACAUGUUACGUUUGGACCAGAUACACCGAAUAUUUACUCAACUGCUGGUUGUAAGAGAUUAGAUCACAAAAUCUCUCUUAUUAUUCAACGGGACCAGAUUCUGCAAAAGCUAAAAGAUUCGAACUAAAAUCGAAUCAGAAUAAGAAUGACUACAAUAAAAAAAACCACAAUUUCAGCUGAAUAUCAAAUACCGGAAAACUAUGGUAUAGGUUGAACAUGUUUUCAAGUUAACACAGUUGAUUAAAUUAAUAUUUUUAUUACAAUAGAAUGAUUAC